UAAGUUGUUAGUUAAAGCUCACGAAGUUGCUGUAAUGGCGGCCAUGUCAUGAAGAUACCCAGUCAGUACUGUGGGCCCACAAUGGAAGAUAGUUCUCCAUCACAAAAUCACAACGGACAACUGGGACCUUCAAGUGGUGGAAUUAAUGUAGGAAAUAAGCAAAGUGAUGAAGGAAACCAAAGAACUCAAUACUCCAUACCUGGUAUAUUGCAUUUCAUUCAACAUGAGUGGGCAAGGUUCGAGAUGGAGAGGUCACAGUGGGAAGUUGAUAGAGCCGAGCUACAGGCCAGGAUAGCUUUCCUUCAAGGUGAAAGAAAAGGACAAGAAAAUUUAAAAAAUGAUUUAGUUCGGCGAAUAAAAAUGUUGGAGUAUGCACUAAAGCAAGAAAGAGCAAAAUAUCACAAGCUAAAAUAUGGGACUGAGUUACAGCAGGGUGACAUGAAACCACCAAUUUUUGAUGAGCCAGGAGGGCCAGAAGCUCCAGUAGAUGGAGAAGCGCCGUUUACUUCUGUUAGUAAUGUAAGCUGGCGGCAAGGACGGCAGCUUCUCAGGCAGUAUCUUCAAGAAAUUGGUUAUACUGACACAAUAAUAGACGUACGUUCAAAUCGUGUUCGCUCAUUACUUGGUCUUAACAAUAAUGCGGAAAGUGAGGAGAAUCUAAAUAAUGCUCCAGUUGUAGCGGCGCUCAAUGGAAAUGAAUCCUCCAAUAAGCGGGCUAGUGAAAAUCAGGGUCGCAGGACACCCGCCAAAAAGGCCCAGCCAUCAUCUUUAGCUGAAGCAAUGAUUUUAGACACAGAAGCUGCAGUUAUAGCAAACUUUGAUUUCUUGUCCCAAACUGAUGUGGACAUGGAUGAUGAUGAUGAUAUGAGUGAUGAUCUGGAGCCACCUGAUGACGAUGACCAGGAUGAUGUUAAGACAGCCAAGCGCAAGGGAAAGGGUCUGAUGUUGAAUGAAGGCUUAGCAGAUGAUGUCGAUGCUGAAGCUGAAGAAGUCCUUAAUGAGUUGAACCUUCUGACUGAGACGGAAGAUUCUGGUACUGAUAUACAUUCACAAGGAGAUCCGGCCGAUUGGGGUAGUACGGGUAUGGGGUUCCAGACUGGUGCGGGCCAUCGUCGACAGAUGGGACCAGGUGACCUAGGAGAUGAGGAAGUUCUAGAUUCAUCUCUUGGCUUAGGUGAACUUGCACAGCUCACAGUCAACAAUGAAGCAGAGGCUGCGUAUGAUAUUGCAACCACAAAAGAGUCGUAUAGAAAGACGUGGAAUGCGAAGUACACACUUCGCAGUCAUUUUGAUGGAGUGCGAGCCCUCGCGUUUCAUCCUGUGGAGUCUGUUCUCAUUACAGCAAGCGAAGAUCACACACUAAAACUGUGGAAUCUUCAGAAGACAGUACCUGCCAAAAAGUCAGCUUCAUUAGACGUGGAGCCACUGUACACAUUCCGGUGUCACACCGGACCUGUGUUGUGUUUGGCAAUGAGUGCUACAGGAGAACAGUGCUACAGUGGCGGUUUGGACGGUGCCAUCCACUGCUGGAACCUACCUUGCGCCAAUAUAGAUCCGUACGAUUCAUUUGAUCCCGGAGUGCUAACAGGAAGCAUGGAGGGGCAUACAGAUGCUGUUUGGGGACUCAGUAUACACAGCCAGCGUCUGCAACUACUUUCGUGCUCGGCUGACUGCACGGUUAAACUCUGGUCACCAACUAGCAAAGUUCCACUUGUCUCCACAUACGUUUCUGAACAAGAUGGAGCCCCAACUUCAGUGGACUUCAUCCGAGAUGAACCAAAUCGUAUGGUGGCAGCAUAUAAUUCUGCCCAUUGUAUUGUCUACGACUUGGAAUCUGGGAAACCUGUUGUACGGCUUGAAACAGCUCUGGAGAUGGACAACAAUGUAAUGGGUCGGCAGAUCAACUGCGUGGUGGCACACCCGACCUUGCCACUCACCAUUACAGCGCACGAAGACAGGCACAUCCGAUUCUUUGACAAUACAACAGGAAAAUUGGUUCAUUCAAUGGUGGCACAUCUUGAUUCAGUUACCAGUCUGGCUGUUGACCCCAAUGGGCUGUAUCUACUUUCAGGGAGUCAUGAUUGUAGCAUUCGCUUGUGGAAUCUGGACAACAAAACAUGCGUCCAAGAGAUCACUGCCCAUCGUAAAAAAUUUGAUGAGAGUAUCUUCGACGUGGCGUUCCACCCUUCGCGGCCAUACAUCGCGAGCGCCGGUGCCGACGGCCUCGCCAAGGUGUUCGUGUGAGAUCGCCGGGGCAGAGGAAGCGAAGCGUGAAUAUACAGAGAACAGCGGCGGUGAGACUGGGGGAAGUGUUGCCACCAUUAUAGACAGUUUACGUUGACAGUGGUGAAUCUCAUAAUGUUGAACAGCCAUGGCUGCUUGUAAUGGAAGUUGUUAAUUGCACUUGGUGAGGGUCAUUUAAGUCAAAUAGGGGAUGCCAGUCAGAUGUGUUCUUUCAUUACAUUCUUCCCUCAAGCAGAAAGGUCUCUGUGACAUUGCUUCGCCUGUAACGCUAUUCCCUAUUCAUCUUGCAAGGCUGAGUCAGACUGUACCAUGUACGUCGGCAGUUUAGGAGAGGGGCAUCAGUCAAGUAGUGAUGAUGUACUGACAAAACAUCACAGCUUUCUCAGUUUUGUCAGUCGGUUCUCUGGAGUACAAUCAUCGAAUGGUUCAGAUUUCAGUAUCUUGUAGUCUGGGUUGUACAGUGGAUGGAAUGUACGAUCUGUAGACUUAAGAGAAACUGAAAGAGACUUCUCCUGCAUAUGUAAAAGUUGCAUGCACUUAAUUUAAUAUUAGUAAAUAGUAAGAUAAAAAAUUGUAUCUUUUGCAUGCUGCGUUGAUGUGACCGGGGGGGGGGGAUGGACGCUGCAUAUUGUUGUUGACAUCGAUGACUGACGGUAGCUUUAAAAGAUUUGUAUGAAUGAAAAUUGCAUGCAGCUUGUAUGGGAGUGUGCUUGCAGGUAUGUUAUUGAGGUGCAGUAACAUUGCACCAUUAAAUUUUAACAUGAGGUAAUGAGAAUAUACAUAUAAUAUUAUACUGUAUCCAGAUCAGUCACGUGGGUUGUGCCGUCUGACGUGGUUUUAAUAGUCAUUUACACAGCAAAGCCUAAGAGGUCUUAUGUAUGAUGUUUUAUUUACUAUGUAGAGUUGUCCUACCAUAUCUUGAUGAAGUCUCGGCUGUGAAGAGCGACAUUUACAUAAAUUACGAAUGUAGCUUUGAUUUUCAGAAUACUUAUUGCUGUCGAUGAAUUUUUAAGGUAAUAGUGCUGUUAUACAGGAACUGGUCUGAGAUGUUUCUUGCAUCACACCUCCGGUAUUGAAAAAUUUAACGAGGGAAAGUGCCAAUUAGUAUGCUGGUUAGUAUUACGCAAUAAUUUUGUUAAGAUGGGUGUGGCAUGCCCAAUUUUUUUUUUUUUUUUAACUUGCUGUAUUUUCUCCAUACAUUCAGGAAAAUGCACAGAAAGAGAUGCCGGUCUUCUUGCUUGAAAUGCGUAACUUCACAGCAUAAUCAUCAUGACAUCAUUUUAUGUUUUACUGUGUAAUUGGCCAUUUUGGAGAGUUUUACUCUUGAGUCGGAUGGUUUCCAUCCUCUGCAAUACCAAAUCCCAAGAUAUCUGUAGGUUCAGGUAUGGUAUAGAGGUCUGAAAUGUCAUUGUACAUGUUAACUUAUAUGUAACUUUUUUUGUAUUGCAGUGGGCUGACUAGCGCGUCAUGGGCAGAGUCGGCUCAGUAUUAUUAGAGACAGAGAGUAAAGUAAACCAAAUGCGUGUCUAACUGUAAAAUAUUGUAUUUAAAGUAGAACUACUAUGUAGCUCCAGAAACAUAUAAUUACAAAUUCAUUUUUAUGAACUUUGGUAAUGGUUCAGAGCAGUCACUGUUCAGAACUGGAUGAUCGUACAUACGAUUUAUGUUUAUGCGUAAUUGUAGCUAGAGGUUUUUUUUUUUUUUUGUAAAUGUUUAAUAUUUCGCCUUAUUAAAGUAAGCAACUUCUUGAUUUCCAAAUAAUGUUAUGUUAUUAAAGUCCAUCGAUAAAAUGAAAUGUUCAUUCAAUUCUCAUCUUGUUGAUUUUACAUUACACAGUUUUUUGUUUGUGUGUGCAAGUGAAGGAACGGUGGGAUUUAAUUCUUCUGUUAGGGAGUAGGUGUAGUGUCUGUCUUGUCAUUGGUUGGUACAAGGCACUUGUCAUGCAAUAGGCCCACUUAGGUAGCCUUUAGUUGAAAAAUAUGAGAUUAUGAGUAAAUGUGAGUGUUGUCCAAGUGUAUAAAAAAUAUAUUAUUUUUUCUGCAUGACUGACCAAAGCCAUCAAUAAACCUUCAGUUAAUUAUUCCUCUACAAAAUUUAAAAAAAAAAAAUCUUGUCUUAUAAGAAUAUAGAAUAGUUGAAGGAACAGUGAUGGAAGGAUAUUUGAUGUCUGUACGAGGUUCUUUUCCAUAGCUUGCUCUCUCAGGACUUCCAGUGGGGUCUUAAUGUAUGAAACUAUUUGAGGACCAUUUUCCUACCCUCCUGAAGCCUAUUGUGGUGAUGGAAUCUUGUUUAAUUAUGUACGUACAGUCCACGCAACCGCAACACUUUUAAUAAGCUCGAAAAGGCCGCUUGUAAAUGCCCUUAAUUUUAAUGAAAUGUCACAUGUGAAUUGGUAAUAAAUGCAAAUACAAAUGUGUAUUAAUUAUAAAAGUAAUUUGCACAAGUUCCUCCCAUAUUCAUUUUUGCAACACUGUUUAGGAUUGUGCCUGUACAUUCUGGCAUCUAACUAUAAAUAAAUAACACUGGCCUUUUUUUCAGUUCUUGUUAAUAAAGUUGAUAAUCAAGUAGCAAAUCUGGUGAAUUUUUUGCACAGGGAAGUCAGUGUAGAUUAUAAUCUGUGACUGUCAGUAAGGAAGGAAUGGCAUAUGUGCUAAUUUUGUCGUCAGCAAAUGAGAUUUUGGCUAGCAGUGAUUAUUGCUUUUGUCUAUAUUGACAUCCGGAGCCACCUGAUAAUUGAAUGGUAUGUCAUCAUUUUUUUUAGUAACAUUUAUUCAUACUCUUUAUUUCCACUCUUGAGUAUCUAAAGUGUGAAUAUUCAAAGAAAAAUACUUAACAUAUUCUCUUUUUUCUACAGGUACCACUAAUUGCUGAUUAUUUUUGUCUGUUACAUAAUGAGAUUUAAUAAGCUGUCUCAGAAUGAAAUAAGUAGUAUUUUGUGUCUGUUUGAAAACAAUAGAGAAGCCAAGAAUUUAACUCUCUAAAAAGUACAACGUUGCCAGGACAUUGCUGGAGCAGUGAGAAUGCUUGGAAGCAUUUCCUCUUGGUAAGUAUAAUUUUUCAUGUAAAUUUGCAUCAGGCAGGAGAGUGAAGAAAAAUUAUAUUACAUCUGCAAAUACUUAGAUUUAGUACGACUGUAAACACAAAGCUGUACGGAAUGUGGUGAAAUACUGUUGCCAGUUUCAGGCACAUGAGACAAAAUGAGAAUGAAUAAACUAAUUUAUAUUGAUAA